AUGACCAGAACAAAGAUCCCAGCUAUACCAUCUACGAAAACACAACAACCUGCUGGUUAUGUUUCUCGGCAGGUAGAAGUCCUCUUGAGGGACUCUAGUGAUUCUGGUGCUGGGCCUAGUAACAAACGACCACGCGAUGAGGUAACAAAGAGUCACAGCAAGAAGAAGAAGCAACGGACUGUACAGUCAAAUCAAAUCAUCUUGGAUAAGAAGUGCAGUCCGACUUCAAUCAUCAAGAUUGUGGAGGCGGGUAUUUCAGCUAAGAGACAGACGCUUAUCAAGAAGCUUGGACUAAGUUGUGUGCUUAAUUUGAAGAUGAAACGGUUUGACAGUUCGUUGUUGUGUUGGAUUACUAGGCUAUUCAAUGAGGAGACAAUGUCGAUAGCUAUGCACGAUGGGGGGCAGCUUACCUUUACCGUGGUGUAG